CGGGGACAGUACGCCCAGUUCCCCUCGCCCUGCGCGCUUUCAGUCCUACCCUGAGCGGCUCAGGUGUCCCUGUGGCGCUCACCUGCCCCGGCUGCGGGACGGCGGGUGCUCACCCGGAGAGCCCAGGAACGGGCAGGACAUGAAGUCAGCUGGGGGUCCUCUGUGAAAAUAAUGAAGGUCAUCAGUGUGGAGAGACCUUGAGCCAUACCGCGAACCUUCUUGUGCUCAGGUGUUACCCUACCGAAGGUAAACCCUCUGAGUGCACUACGUGUGGCAAAGCCUCCGAGAAUCGGCAGAGAUCUCACACCAGGCAGAGGCUGCAUCUGUGUGAGGAAUGUGGGCAAGCCUGCAGCUGCCUCUCCUGCCAAAGCCCUCCUGUGAAAACUCAGACCAUAGAGCAACCCUGUAAUUGCCAGAACCCAGGGAGAGCAUCUGCGACCUAUGUGAAAAGUCUCAGCAGUAAAAAGUCUUACGAAUGUAAGAAAUGUGGGCAAGCUUUCACUUGUCCCUCAUCUUUCAGGGCACAUGUGAAAGGUCACCAUGGGCAGAAAACCCACGCAUGUAAAGUAUGUGGGAAGACCUUUAUGUAUUACUCCUACCUUACACGGCACAUAAGAACUCACACAGGAGAGAAACCCUAUGAAUGUAAGGAGUGUGGGAAAGCCUUCAGUUGUCCCUCCUACUUUCGAGAACACGUCAGAACACACACCGGAGAGAAACCGUAUGACUGUAAGCAUUGUGGAAAAUCAUUCAGCUGUUACUCUUCCUUUAGAGAUCACGUGAGGACCCACACUGGAGAGAGACCCUGUCAGUGUAAACACUGCGGGAAAGCAUUCACAUGUUACUCAUCUCUCCGAGAACACGGGAGAACGCACAGUGGAGAGAAGCCCUAUGAAUGUAAGGAAUGCGGCAAAGCCUUCAGGUACCCCUCCUCCCUGCGAACACAUGUGAGAAUGCACAGUGGAGAGAAGCCCUACAUGUGCAAGCAGUGUGGGAAGGCCUUCGGAUGUCCCACCUACUUCAGAAGACAUGUGAAAACGCACAGCGGCCUGAAACCCUACGAAUGUAAGGAGUGUGGGAAAGCCUACAGUUUUUCCUCAUCCCUUCGAAUCCAUGCGAGGACGCACACUGGAGAGAAGCCCUUUGAGUGUAAGCAUUGUGGGAAAGCCUUCAGCUGUCACUCGUCCCUUCGAGAGCAUGUGAGAACCCACAGUGGAGAGAAACCGUACGAAUGUAAGCAAUGUGGGAAAGCCUUCAGCCAUGCUCAGUAUUUUCAAAAGCAUGUGAGAGCACACAGUGGAGUCAAACCCUAUGAAUGCACUGAAUGUGGGAAAGCCUACAGUUGUUCCUCAUCCCUUCGGGUGCACGUGAGGACGCACACUGGAGAGAGACCCUACGAAUGCCAGCAGUGUGGGAAAACCUUUAGGUAUCUCGCUUCCCUCCAAGCACAUGUGAGGACACAUGCAGGAGCGUGAAUCUGCGAAUACAGUGGACCUGGGAGAGUGUUCCACCUUAAAACCUUGUAAACGUGAGAAAGCUUGCCGGGCGCGGUGGCUCACGCCUGUAAUCCCAGCACUUUGGGAGGCUGAAGCGGGUGGGUCACGAGGUCAAGGG